UGGGUGUGUGUGUGUGUUCAUGGAGGAAUAAUUAAGAACGAGCUCCUUGGUCUGUGCUACCCUUCAAGUUUUUUGGUUACAUGUAUUGGGAGUUGUGCGCGCCACGAACAUUCUGGAUUCGACUGGUACCUUGUAACGUAUACACACAAAUAUCCUAAGAUCGCACGUGCACCAGUACAACCCCAAAGAACUCAGCACACAAUAAAGUUGGCGGAAAUGUACACUACUGCGCAAUUUGCGCAUGCGUGUUGAGGCGAAAUUUCCCUCUGCGGAGAAGCCAGCACGCCGGAGAAGUGAGACCGUGACACCGGUCACUAAUUGUGCACAGAGCAACGGCCUCAAAGAAGUGUAUACAAACUGCAAAUGACUGGAUGUAUCGUAUCGAGGCCGCUGGUCUUGGCGUGUUGAAUUUCUGCACCAUACUAGACAAGUUCUUCAUAUAUACGUGCAUUAUACUGUAUAUCAGUAUUACUGACCGAUGACACCGACCAUGACGGACUCGGAGGCACAAAUACAUAGUCCCUGCACGCUGUGGCCUAAGCCCUAUGUGACGGUGGACGACGUGCAAGCAUUGUUGGUCAGACUAUACUCGAUCUAUCCUGACGUGAUCAAGGAGUGCAAUAGCUACACUGACAGAACAUUCUACGCGAGGGCUUCCCCUUCUUCCUUCUCUACCUUCUUGACCUCUGAAAAUGAGGGCCAGAAAACAGGAACACACCAAGCAGAGUUUAUCCUGAAAGUUCUCAAUGCAGAGUUUACUUCGGACGGACCGGGCACGGUUGCUGCUCAAGUGGACAUUCUGAACUUCUUGAAGGAGAACUUCCCAGAACUAAAGUGUCAAGUUCCUGUACCGACGGUGGAUGGGCAUCUCCUGAGCUACGAGAUCAUUCGGAAUGAUUACGUAACUGAACAGGCUAUGGAAAGUGUGUACGAGUUAUCGGCCGUUCGCAUGUGCCGUUAUAUUGAGGGACGGACACUCAACGAUGCGGCGCCACUCCCACCUUCAUUCUUCUACAAGGCCGGUCACCACUUGGGUCGUUUACAACUUGCACUGCAGACCUACGUGGGUGACGUUGAGCCGCUGAGGCGCAAGGCUGUCAGAACCAUUUGGUGUUUGGAUAAUGUCCCGUUGGUCAGACGACACCUAGAUCUCGUCACAGACAUCACAAGAAGGGCGAUGCUUGAUGACGUCAUCGCGGCAUUUGAAACAACUGUGGUACCAAUGCAGGGAGAAUUACGAAAAGGCAUUGUGCAUCACGAUUACAGCGAUCACAACGUGCUAGUGGUGCCAUCCUCAGCGUUAUCUAUGGAUGAGACAACACGGGCAGCCAACUACGAAAUCAGCGGCCUGAUUGAUUUCGAUUUGAUGGUGUACACGUGCUUGGUGAAUGAGAUUGCGGUGGCCAUGAUGUAUCUGAUGUUGUGUAGCGAGGAGCCUCUGCGUGCUGCGGCCUACCUGCUAGCGGGCUUCGAGUCCCGUGCUCCGCUGCCACUCACCGAGCGCCGUCUGCUUCGCGUCCUGGUGGCCGGACGGUUCGCGCAGUCGCUGGUGUACGGCCUCCGGUCAGCCAAGCUCAAUCCAGGGAAUGCAGAUUAUUUGUGCAGCACACAGGAGCAGGGCUGGAAGUGUCUGACGCUCCUUUGGGGCCACAGCGAGCAGAAUGUCAUGAAUUUGUUGGACUCAAUUUCUCAGCAAAACGAUUGUUGAUGAUUAGACAUCAUGCAAUAUGCUCUAAAAGUUGAGAUAUAAAGCUAUAGUCCAUCAUUUGCAGCCAUCCGAAAAUUAACUGGCGUAAUUAUUGUUGAAAAACAAACUUGG